GCUGGGCUGGAACUCUCGAUGCAGCCUGUAGCCCCUCCGUCUCACUGGGCGGCUCCAGGCUCCGCUUUCUCUGAAGCGCUGACCAGGGGUGACUUGCAGCAAUGUGCCCGCUGGUUGCAACAAGACCGGACUGUGCUGAGUGCCAGAGGUUGGCAUGGGUUUACUCCACUUCACCAUGCAGCAUACCGUGGCCACAAGGCGUUGUCCUACCUACUACUGGAACAUGGGGCAGACAGCAACAUUCCCAAUGAUGCUGGAGAGACACCCUUUCAUUUUGCCUGCAGGCGUGGGGCGCUGUGCAUUAUGCAUCAAAUGGUGAAGAGCGGGGCGAAUGUGGCAGCACUGGAUUACCAAGGGAAGACAGCCCUUCACCAGGCCGUGUCUGGUGGCAGUGUAGCCGCGAUCCGUUACCUUGAAGAAAUGGGUCGGUUUGACUUCCGUGAGCCGGACAGGUUCCUGCAGACACCGCUGCACACUGCAGCCUCCAUCGGCAACGAGGAUGUCAUCAGAUACUUGCUGCGGGGCGGGAGGUGCCGGGUCGAUGCGGCUGACAUGUGGGGGAUGGUUCCCAUGCACGUAGCGGCUCAGACAGGUUCGGCCGCCAUUUGCUGGCUGCUGACGAUGGAGGCUGGCUUCUCUCUCCUCCAGCUGCGGAACAAGGACGGGCUGACCCCGCUGGAACUCGCCAAGCAAGGCAAGACUCACAGACACCAGGAGGUAACAAAACUUCUGAACAAGUUCAGUGAGGAAUCACAGACUGGAAAGCCCAAGGAACCAAUUGGACUGUACUACAGCUGUCUGCUACUCCCAGGAGUCCUGAGUGCAAUUGUCUUCCUUAUCGCGAGUUAUCUCGGGGAAUAUGGGGGAGUUUUCAGUCUCAUUGCUUUUGCCGUCCUUGGCAGAACAGUUUUUUUCCAGUAUCACCGUAUUUCUCACCUUUCCAGGUUACCGAAUCCAAUGUACCUUGGCACCUUUGCUGCUGGGAUCUUUCAUUCUUUGUAUUGCUUCUACUGCAAGAUCCUUCCUGCUCUGUGGCCAGCGCGCCUCCUGUUGUGUUGCAUGACUCUGCUGGCCACCCUGUUGCUGUGGAUGUUCAAGGAGAUGUUAACCAGGGACCCGGGGAGGCUGCAGGAAACUAGCCGUGAAGCUGCGUAUUUAACCAUCACGCAGCUUGUCGAAGCGAAUGAGGAUCCGUCCAGAUUCUGCAUCUACUGUGAGAUUAUUCAACCAGAGCAAGCAAAGCACUGUAAACUGUGUAACAUGUGCAUGGUGAACUUUGACCAUCAUUGUCUUUUCCUCAUGAAAUGCAUAGCGAAAAAUAAUCGCCGUCUCUUCAAUCUGUUCCUCAUGGAGGUCAUUGUCUGUCACCUGACCUUCACAGCAUCAGCCGUCUGGUGUCUACACCUUCGAUACGAACUGAACUUUGAGACGGUUCUAGCUGUUCUAAGCAGCGAGUCCUGGGUGGUAGCACUUGCCCUCAUGAACAUCGCUACGGUCAUUUGGGAAUCUGUGAUCCUAAAGGAGCAGCUAGUGACCAUCUCCACAAACUGCACUACCACCUUCCGGAAAGUGCCACAGGCCUCCGCAUUCACGUGGGGACGCCGUAUGAAAAACAUCACAGUGUUCUUCAUCGCUGGGAACGGGCCCCGGAGUCGCCACGGAAAAUUCUCGAGUCAGUUCUAGACUUUUUGUGGUCGUUCUCCUUUAGAGCUACGAUGUAGUCAGUAUUUGACAAGCCGAGACUUAACUGUGAAAUGUGGUUAUAGGUAAAUGGGUCAUUGUUACAAAUUAGUAUGCAAUAUAUUCGUAGCUGGUUGGCUCACAGUUAGCUAUUUUGUUGUUACAAUGUCUCCCAUUGCCACUUUAAGCCCUCUCCUAUUGGAUAUGUUUCAUUUACACAAUCUGUUUCUCAGUUAAGAAGCAGAGAUGAUAAUUUCUUAGAAUUGUUGGUUUGGAUGCAGCAUGAAAUAAACAUCCUUCCAGAUCCUUCCUUC